AUGCAAAAUAGGGACGAGAUUGUAUUGCUGCCUCCGAUGAGCUCUCAUCCUGAUCCAUGCCACGAAAUCAAGUGUGGGAAUGGAUAUGUUUGCCGAGUUACCCACAACCAGGCGGAGUGUUUUCCAGAGCCUCAGUCCUGCAAUUCUGUCCAAUGCCAAGAAGGGACGCUCUGUGCCAUAGUCGAUGGCUUGCCCAGAUGUGUCCCUUACCCGUCCUCUUGUCAUCAGGUCCAGUGUAAAGAAGGGACAAUUUGCAGCCUGACAGACGGCUUCCCCAAAUGCGUGCCUGUGCCGCAAUCCUGUGCCGCCAUCCAGUGCAAAGAAGGCACCAUCUGUGCCAUUAUUAACAGUUGGCCUCAGUGCAUUCCAAGGCCCAAGUCUUGCCAAAACACGCCGUGCAACCCGGGAAUGGUGUGUGAACUCAUUAAUGGCUGGCCACAAUGUGUGCCCCACCUGGCUUCCUGUCGCAGCCUCCACUGCAAAGAUGGGACCAAAUGCCAGAUCGUGCAUGGCCAGGCACAGUGCAUUCCAGCGUCCGCCUCGUGCAGUGAGAUCCUGUGUGAGAGAGGAGCCAUGUGUGAGAUGGUCGAUGGCCAAGCCAGGUGCGUCACGCUGCCACCCUCCUGCCUCCACGUUGAAUGCAAGCAAGGGACCAUGUGUGAUAUGGUCGAUGGGUGGCCAAAAUGCAUCCCGAGUCCAACUUGCAAAGAUUUAAAUUGCGAAGCUGGUCCCAAAUGCAAGAUGGUGAAUCACCUGCCCAGGUGCUUGCCUGUCCCUUCCUCCUGUGACCAAAUUCACUGCAGGCCUGGGUCCGUAUGUGAGCUGGCAGAUGGUCAGCCCACGUGUGUGCCCAUCCCGCCCUCUUGCCACAAGAUCCGUUGUGAAGGAGGAACGCUCUGCGAGAUCCUUGAAGGGGUCCCCAGAUGUGUGCCUGCCAUCACCUCCUGUAACAACGUACAGUGCCCGACGGGAACCAUCUGUGAAAUGAUCAACAGUUGGCCCACGUGUAGGCCUCGCCCACACUCCUGUGAGAGCAUUGUGUGCAAGAAUGGAACGGCCUGUGACAUCGUCAACGGCUGGCCGACUUGUAUUCCGGUUGUGCCAACAACUUGUGCGGCCAUUGUUUGCAGAGAGCAAGCUGUGUGCAAAAUGGUGAACGGCGUACCAACCUGCAUACCCAUCCCACUGUCUUGUGACAGAUAUAAAUGCAGAGAGGGAACAAUUUGUGAGGUUGUCCAUGGAUGGCCCACGUGCAUACCUUUGGCGUCUUUGUGUCAGAAAAUAGAGUGUGCGCCAGGCUCUGUUUGUAACAUAAUUGAUGGCAGGCCUAAAUGUGUCCCGGCCCCACCUACUUGUGACCAGCUUCAAUGUAAAAGAGGAACCAUCUGUGAAAAAGUAAAUGGCCUCCCUGCAUGCGUUCCACAACUUCACUCUUGUGAGCACACCUACUGCCAACAAGGGACCGUUUGUGAAAUUGUGGACAAGCGGCCCAGAUGUGUUCCAAUCCCCGCAUCCUGCGACAAAAUCCACUGCAGACCAGGGACCACUUGCAAAAUAAUUGAUCUCUGGCCUCGGUGUGUUCCCAUCCCACCUACCUGUGACAAACUGCGCUGCAAAGAUGGCAGCGUUUGUGAAAUUAUUGAUGAUUGGCCCAUGUGCACGCCGACUCCGGCUUCCUGUGAUAAAAUCGAGUGCAAGGAAGGAACUGUUUGUGAAUUAGUUGAUGAUUGGCCCAGAUGUAGCCAAAUGUUGAACUCUUGUGAAAAAGUCCACUGUCAGGAAGGGACCAAAUGUGAAAUACACAAUGGGCUUCCAAAAUGCAUUUCCGUAUCCCUGUCCUGCAACAAUUACCAUUGCAAAGAAGGGUUCAUUUGUCGGAUUGAUGAGGGUUGGCCAAAAUGCUUUCCCAACCAUUCUCCUUGUGAAAAACUCAACUGCAGUGCAGGAACCGUAUGUGAGACACUUCAAGGGCAGCCCAGAUGCAUCCCCAUCACCACCUCCUGCGCUAACAUCAUCUGCACGGAAGGAACCGUUUGUGAAAUCAACCAUGGUUGGCCCAAGUGUGUUCCCAUCUCACCCGCUUGUGCAAACCUCAAAUGCAGUGAAGGGACUGUGUGUGAGAUAUAUGAUGGGCAUCCGAAAUGCCUCCCUAUCUCACCUUCUUGUAACCAUUUUCAGUGCACCUCUGGAACUGUUUGUGUAAUCAGCCAGGGUUGGCCCAAAUGUGUCCCUGUCGCACUCUCUUGUGAGAACUUCAAAUGCAGUGAAGGAACUGUGUGCAAGAUACAUGAAGGUCAACCAAAAUGCCUUCCUAGAUCCUUCUCUUGUCACCAAUUCCAUUGUAAGAGUGGAACGGUGUGCCAAAUACACAAUGGUUGGCCACAGUGCGUUCCGAUUCCCUCUUCUUGUGGAAAUGCCAGUUGCAGUGUUGGGACCACGUGCCAAAUGGUUUCUGGCUUGCCCCAGUGUCUUCCUACGUCACUGUCAUGUGAUCAGUUCACCUGCCCUGAAGGAAGUGUUUGCAAAGUGGUUGAUAACUGGCCAAGAUGCCUCCCUAUCCUGUCCUCCUGCGAUAGCUCAAACUGCCAGGAAGGUACCGUUUGUGAGAUAGUCAACGGAUCGCCAACUUGCAUCCCAGUUCCAUCUUCCUGUGACAGAACCGUCUGUAAGCAAGGGAUGGCAUGCCAGAUGGUGAAUGGUUGGCCAACCUGUGUUCCAGCAUCCUCGACGCUUUGUGCUUCUAUGCAAUGUCAAGUGGGAACUGUGUGUCAACUCGUUGGUGGAAGCCCACAAUGCGUUCCCAGCACACCAUCCUGUAGUCAGUUUCAAUGUCCUGCUGGGACUAUUUGUGACAUGGCCAGUGGAUGGCCCAGAUGCGCUCCUGUGCCAACUUCCUGCGAAAACGCACAUUGUCAAACUGGGACUAUUUGUCAAGUUAUAAAUGGUUGGCCCCAAUGUGUGGCCCCUACCCAUUCAUGCCAGACAAUUCAGUGCUGGGAAGGGACUGUUUGUAGAAUGGUGGAUGGUUCACCUAGGUGUUUUCCUCCUGUAUCUCCCCAAGCGAUAUGUUGGGCCUCUGGUCAGCCCCAUUAUCACACGUUUGAUGGACGCAGCUUUGAUUUCCAAGGUACCUGCACUUAUACAGUGGCUAAGACUUGCCAUACCAGCUCCAACCUGCCAUUCUUCCACAUCUUCACCAAGAGCCAGAAGAGUUUCCCUUUCUCUUUCAUCAAUCAGGUCACCAUCACCAUCUACAACUCCAGCAUCACCAUGAUCAAGCAUGAGUAUGGCCUUGUCAGAAUCAACCAUGUGCGCUCUCGUCUGCCGGUAAGUUUACACAAUGGGAUGGCCUCCUUAUACCAUCGAGGAAACCAGCUGGUGAUCGAAACCAUGUUUGGCCUGAAGGUUUACUACGACUGGAACUAUUACCUAGUGGUGAAGGUCACCACAGCUUUUCAAAGCCAAAUUUGUGGCCUUUGUGGCAACUACAACGGAGAUCCCAACGACGACUUUACUACCCCUUCGGGAAGCCUGGCCGCCAACGCUGUGGAACUGGGCAGGAGCUGGAAAGUGGAAGACGGAGAUGAAGCUUGCAGACACGGCUGCCACGACAGGUGCCCGCGGUGUUCCGCGGAGUUGGCCGCCAGAUACAACACAGAAAAUUCGUGUGGCAUGAUCACUCAACACAGGAGUGGUCCUUUCCAUCGCUGCCAUGCCUUGAUUGAUCCCAAGCCAUAUUUGAAUGACUGUGUGACUGAUUUGUGUGCCUUUGAGGGUUACAAGCAGAUUUUGUGCCGGGCCCUGAAGACGUACGCUGAUGCUUGUCAGAGAGAAGGGAUGGCCAUAUCUGCCUGGAGGAAACACGCUGGCUGCCCCAGACAGAUGUUGCAGCUGAACGGCUUACAGAUCAACCUGCCCCACAAUGUUGAUUCUAACAAAAUUUCCCUCUACCACCUGGGAUGGGAUAUUGUAAUCAUGACUGACUUUGGUUUCGUGGUCACCUUCGACAUGAAGAAUAAUAUCCGUAUCACACUAUCCGGAAGCUACAGGGGACUAACGUGCGGCCUCUGUGGCAAUUUCAACGGGAAAGAAGAGGACGACAUGAUGCAACAAAAUGGCAUGCCAACCACAAAUCCAGGAGAGUUGGGCAGAAGCUGGAAGAUCCGGGAUAUCCUGGGAUGCCACGAGAAGGAAAGAGAGUCCUGUGUGGACAUGGUGCAUAUGGAGUACACGCAGAGAAUGAGUAAGGAAUGUGGACUCCUACUAGACGCCCACGGCCCAUUCAAGAGCUGCCAUACCAAGGUGCCACCUCAGUCGUACUUCAAAAACUGUGUCUUUGAUUACUGCUCCAAUAGGGCCAACAAGAAUGUCAUCUGUCACGUCCUCUCCUCUUAUGCUGCAGCUUGCCAAACUUUAGGGAUCCAGAUUUCCAACUGGAGGUCCGUCCACUUUUGCACUAUGAAAUGCCCAGUCAACAGUCACUACGAACUCUGCGCCCGGGUAUGUCCCAUCCGAUGCAAAGAGGCAACUGGCAUCACAAAGUGCCCCAACCACUGUGCUGAAGGCUGCCAGUGCAGAGAGGGCUUUUUUAUGGCUGGGUACCACUGUGCUCCCAUCAGUCAGUGUCGCUGCUUCCACAAAGGCAUCUGGUUUAAGCCUGGCACUCCGAUGAUCACAUCCAAUUGCAUGGAGAGAUGCACUUGUGAACGUCAAGGUCAGCUGACGUGCACGCCAUUCCCGUGUGCUGCUGGAGAAACUUGCGCGCUGAAUAAUAACAAGUGGGACUGCGUCCGGAGGGAGGGACGCUGCACUGUUGCCCACGAGCACAUCUUUACCUCUUUUGAUGGAGUAUCCGGAAAGCUUCCAGGCGAGGGGUCCUUUGAGAUCACGGCCCUUGUCAAUGCGAACUCAAAAUCCUGGUUCCGGGUGGUGGUGCAGGUGAAGAAGUGUCCCCAGUGUGCGACACCCAGUGUGGUCGCUGUCACUGUCUAUUUCCACAAACUGAUUGUGCUGGUGAAUAAGGAUACCUCCGUCUCGGUGAACGGACAUCCUGUACACCUCCCAGCCCAGCCUUCUAAGGAGGUAUCCAUAACCCUGGUUCAAGGUACGGUGAUAGUGGCCCAGGAAUCAGGUGUACGGGUUCUCUAUAGUACUGGGGGUGACUUAACAGUGGCAAUCAGCGGAACCCUGGCCAACAAAGUGUUCAGAUCCUGUGGGAACUUCAACGGUAAUGGGGCAGAUGACUUGAGGCUCCCACAUGGGAAGAUGGCGCACACCAUUAGCGAAGUCUUCAACUACUGGAGAGUCAGAACAGAAAUACAACAAGGUAUGUAA